ACCCUCCUCAGCUCCACAGUGGAUGAGAGAGAAUCGUGGGAAUUUUCUCAACUUGAAAAGGGGGAAAAAACUUGUUUGCAGCUGUUGGAGGUCAUCAGGCGUGAAGGAGCAGCAGAGUGAUUUCAUCCAAGAUUUAUUGAUAUUUGACACCAGAUUUUGCUCGUCUGUGUCUCAGAAAAUGAGCAGCUCACUGGAGAGGGUGGUGGCCCAGAAGAAGGAGGCCAUCGAGGCGGUGAUGGACAUGUUUGAGAAGGGCUCCGAGGUGCUGGCCAGUGCCGUGGGCGAGCUUUUCCCUCUCUGCGAGGCCGCUGCCCCGGUCCUCCGCCUGGCCUUGGACAACAUCCACAGCAAAGAGGUCUUCUACGUCAAAGAGCAAUUCCUGACGGUGAGGAACAAGUUCGAUGUGCUCUCCACCCAGCUGGAGGACAUCGACUGCGAGAUCAAGAAGGGGAGGUUGGAUUCACAGUAUUUUUCAGUGGAGGAGAACAUAAGAAACCAGUUUCGGAAGUACAUGGACAUCUUGGAGGCGAAGCCACAGUUCAGGGACGUGAAGACCAGACUGUUUUUGGAGCACUUUGCCAAAACUGGAGGAGAGAAGAACCUGUGUGUGCUGUACGACGCUCUGAUGGGGACAAACAGCUUUGGAGAGUCAAUAUUAGAGGUGGUGGAAAGGUAUAUAGCCAGGAACCGGCGUCUCCUUGAAGAUUUCUGUGUCCGGAUGAAGGAGCUUUUCUGUUUGGGCCUGAUUGCUCUACUGGGCCACUGUGCCUUGACCCAGGGCCAGGAGGAGGAAGACGACAAAAUCCAAGAGUGGAGCGGAAAAAUCGAAGAAGUAGAAUCCAGGAUGAAGGCAACCAUCGAGUCCUGUAUCGCUGCUUUCCCAGAGCAAGCUAAAUCAGACGCCCAGCGCCUCCUGCAAGAGAAGGAGGAAGAAGAUCUGCAAGAUACGACUCAGCAGCUUCUUGAGUUCUUGGUGAAGAAGUUUGAUUGGAUCAGCUGGUCGGUGCGGCUCAUCAACCACUCGGGGAGCACCUACCGGAACUGGAGAGCCGGGGAGCACUUUCACCACGUGGCGGGACAGAACUGGUUUGAGGUGCUGCAGGUGAACAACAUCAACCUGGUGGUGUCGUACAGUGCCAAGCCCCAACCGGUGCCUCGAGACUGCAUCCGGCAGGUGAUGGAGGGCCAGGGGAAAAAGGGGAAUGCCCCGGCGGUGGUGGAGGUGCUGGAGAAGCAGCUGUGUGGGUUUGUCGUCCACGCCGUCAGCCGCCACAAGGAGUCUGCGGCUGCGUGGAGCUUUCCAGAAGACUGCCACUACUGGGAGAGACACAAGAACGUGGCAGUGUGUGUCCACUCAGAGUGAAGCUGAAAGGUGCACUGCAAAAAACCUGUGUCUAAAUACAAGAUAAAAACACUAAAUCUGAGGGAAAUGAUCUUGCUGCAUGGACAGAUAAAUUCACUUGACAAGAUAUCAUGAAUUAAGACUGUUAAAUCUAGAAAUAAGCAUGUUGUACGCAGUGGCGGCUCCUGACAGGGGGCGCAACUGUUCUGAGACACGUAGAUCUUAGAGGACUCAUGUUUCUUCACCUUUUCGGACAGAUGGUGCAUGUCUGUGACUCCUGUAGUUGUCCAUGUGGUGGUGUCUGCCCUGCUGCCAUCAGGGUGAAACAAUGUGCAGGGGUAGCAGAACAAAGCGUGAGCUGCUUCACAGCCUGCUAGCCAAGUUUUCCGCUCCUACCAGCUCCGCGAAAAUCCCUGGUUAUAUGAUUUCCCUACCUUUGUAGAAACUUGUUUUAUGUUUAAAUUUGUUUAGUUGCCAAUUUUUCUUCGUUAGUAAGACGACUGAAGGGGACUUCUUUCAGUGAAAUGAUAGAGUUGCUCUGUACACUUGCCAUGCUGUCCUUGUAUGCGACUUGCGCGGUAGCUACGUGGGCUAUGCUCACGUUACGUAUGACGAAAGCACGUUAGGGCGAGCCCUCCCGGAACCCAUAGAGAAUGCAUUGUAACGACUGAAAUUUGAAAAAAACUGACAUUACAUGAGAGUCGAUGAGAGCAGUCAGGGCAAUUUUCAUCCUGACUGAAAUCACCCAAAAGGGGCGGUACUUCAUGAAGCACAGCCCUAUGCUGAUUGGGUAAUGACAUACAGAACAGCUCCAACUGUCUAGAACUGUCACAACCACUAUAACACUGUGAAGAAUAUGAUAGAGAAAAAAAUCUCUUCUUUUCCCCCUUUGGUGGUGCGUCGCCCGAUCGCCCUUCUGAACAAACUGCCACUGGUUGUACGCUUAAAAUAAUAAAUUAAAUCUUAAAACAAGAUAAAUUAUGUCAGGCCUGGACAUGAAGGAGGACUCAGAUGCAGAGCGAAGAUUUGUGUGGACUUUAUUAAUCCCUCUUAACCUCAGGACACAGUGAUAAAAUAAAUGGCUAUGAAAAUCCUAUGAAUCUAAUAAGAACAAAAAACCACUCCAAAAGGGAGGGACAAAACAGCAGACACAAAAGGAAAAUAAACCAACAGAAAAUCACUCCAAAGGGAGGAAAAAAUGCUAAGGCUAAAGAUACAAAACAAAAGGCACUCCUAAAAAACGGCGGCUUAGACUAAAUGCUACACGAUAACAAAAAAUCACUCCAAGGGAGGCUGCAACACUCUAUGGCACUAGAUACAAACUAAGAAAACUAUGAACACAAAAUCACUCGCCUGGAGGAAAAGAAUACAAAACUUCACGAAGAAUCAGAGACAAAACUUGGACUGUGGUAACUGGCUUGGGUGAUCGACAGGAACGAAACACUCUGGCACAAGACAAAGGGAGACGCAGACUAUAAGACACAUAAGGGCAAUGGGGAACAGGUGGACACAAUCAGGAAUCAGGGAAGACAAUCAGACUAGUGACACCAGGGGAAGGGCAAGUGAUCUGAAACGAGAGGAGAGUUAAUUUUCAAAAUAAAACAGGAAGUCACAAGACAAAAUAAAACCCCGAACAAGACAAACCUCACGGUGUGACAAAUUAAAGCUGCCAGCAGCGAUGAACUGGCCCGAGCAGAGUGCACUGACAAUUAUUUGGUUCUUAUCAAGAUAAAAAAAACUUUAGAUUUAGAAGUGUUAGAUAAUUUAUCUUAUUUUAAGAGUUAAUUUAUUAUUUUAAAUGUUCAACAUGCUUAUUUCUAGAUUUAAUAAUCUUAAUUCAAGAAAUAUUGUCAAGUGAAAUUAUCUGUCCAUGCAGCAAAAUCAUUUCCCUCAGAUUUAGUGUUUUUAUCUUGUUUUUAGACAUCCUUUUUUGCAGUGUGCAUUUAAAUUGAGAUUUUUUGUUGUUUGAGCUGAGAACAUUAGCAUGUAAGUUCAUCUUAAAUUAAAAUAAGGAAUCCCAGAAACUGGGGGAUGCAGCGAUCAGAUACACUGGAUAGAUUUCAAGCUUUAACGUGUGAUUUUGAUAAUCCUAUGUGCACAAUAUUUUUUGUCAGUUCUUGUCAUUGUUUAUUUUUCCAAUUAUAGUAAUUCUUAAAGCAGGAGCCCCAUCAUUUUCUGUCUGCUUCUUCAUUUUCUGGGUGUACCUCAAGGUUAUUAUAGUUUACGAAAACUAAUGAAAUGACGAAAACUAGAACUGAAAAAACAUUUUUGUUAACUGAAAUAAAAAUAGUUAAAAAAAAAAACGAUACUGUGCAAGAGAGUGGGAGCUUUCUAAUGAGGCUUUAAACGACUAACGAUUAACUUAAGUCUUGGUACUAGCUACAAUACAACGGUGACUUUUAGUGAAUUUAGGAGAAAUCUACUAAAUAUACACCUAAAUGUUUUGGGUGUUUACUUUCCUCUAUUCUGAAAAAAGACAUGUUAUUGGAGAGCUCCGAACCUUAAUGUUUUUGCCUGUAGUGUCUCGUAUCUAAUGUGUACACUAACACUAUACAGUAUUAACAGGAAGUGUCUUAUGCUUUUACCUCAGCUGCAUACAGUAAUAAUCCAGUAUCUCUCAGGAGAAAAGGCUCUUGCACUAAAGCGAUGCUUCUGCUGAGGCUGCAUCUACUGAGCUGUGCUCCCAUUUUGUCUCUGCUCAGCAGGCUGGCCUACAUAACUCUGACGGGGGCGGCAGGGGUCAUUUUUUCAGGCGUGAAAAAACAAAGAGGCUCGGAGUUUGGCACUGGAGACGCGACAAUGUGCCUUGUGUUUUAAACACAUUCAAACCCUCACUGCUCACAGUGCUGUGCCUCCAAACAUCUAACCGACCAGAAGUGAUUUGGUCUGCAAGGUUCUUUAUUUGUUCUUUUUAUUUUUGUAAUGUUUGAUGAUAAAAUUGCUUUGUUAUUUUGCAUUUCCCAGCUGAAUGUGAUGGAUUUUUAAAAAUCCUGCUCAUUCUGAACACCACGACUGCAACUAAUGAUUAUUUUCACUAUCGAUCAAUGAUAAAAUGUCAGAAAAUCGUAAAAAUGUUGAUCAUGGUUUGUCAAUGUCCAAGGUAAUGUCUUGUUUUAUCAACCAAAACCCCAACAUAUUCAGUUUAUUAUGAUAUAAAACAGAGAAAAGUGGGAAAUCUCCACCUUUGAGAAGCUAAAAACAGCAUUUUCUGCCAUUAUAAUGUAUUAAUUAAUUAAUGAUAUAUAAAAUAUUAUUAUUGCAGCUCUAUCAAACACUUGCACUUCUUUUCUUGCUUUUUUCAAACAAACCAUUGUGAUUUUUUUUGCCAGAAAUGUAAAAUCAUUUCACUCUCUGGCCUUCAGAAGAUCACACCACACAUACUGUUUUUAUGGUGAUGUGUGAUAUAAAUGGGCAUUUAUUUAUAUCAGAAUAUCUGGUAUUGUUCCUUAAACCAUGCCAGCUUCUGUAUUCAAACUCAAUAAUCUGAAUAAAACAUUAUGUGCAUGAUCAAUGGUCAGCAUAUACUCUUCAUACUUUGACAAUAAAUUACCAAAUGCGAAUAGCUAAUGGUCGUGUGAACAAGUAUAA